AUGAAUAUAAUAACAUGUAUUGCUGUGGUAUUCUUUUCACACAUUCUUUGGCAUGGGAACUGUCAAAACUCGACUGACCACAGCAUCUCUGAUAAACGCUUUCAAGCAGAUAUAGUAAGUAUUUUUGUUAUAAACUCGGAAUUACCCGUAAGUUUGGAAAUUAUUAGGCCUGCUUUAGAACUUGCCACGACUCAAAUUAAUGAGAAAUAUUCCAAUAUCAAGUUCAAUAUUGUCUUUCGCGAUGGCGCUUCUUCUUGCAAAGCAAAUGUUGCUGGUGCAUAUGCUGCAGAAGAAUAUUUCUUGAGAAGAGUUACUGCAUUCGUCGGCCCAGCUUGCACCCUAGCUCUUGAUCCUGUAGGGCGGAUGGCAUCCUACUGGAAUAUUCCAAUUUACACUGCAGGAGGUAUUGACACCACAGUUUCCGACAAAUCCAUUUUUACCACUCUAACUAGACUUUCUUUCUCUUUGGAAGGAGCGGCUAACUUUAUUUUAGAAAUCCUCAAGGAAUUUAACUGGCAUCAUAUCGCUAUUAUUGUAGACGAGACCAACCUGCAAAAAAUUCUAAUGAAGAGGAGCUUGGUGGAUAUCUUCAAGGAUAUAAAUGAUUACGAAAUUUUUUAUUCGUUAAAAGAAUUUUCGCAGAAAUCAUUUAUAGAUGCCAACUUUACGAAGCUGCUGACAGAAGCUAGUAAAGAAGCCAGAGUAUUUGUCUUCGUCGCUGGGUGGGAAAUUAUUCGCAGCCUCCUUCUUGAAGCUUAUAACCUAGGAAUGGGCGAUGGCGAAUACACUUUCUUCACCUUCCAACUAAUUGAAAACAAAGAGAAGUACGGUGAAAUAUCCUGGUACAAACCUGGAGAUUACAGAAAUAAGAACGCCCGAAAAAUGUACGAGGCUCUUAUGGUAGUGACUCUACGGGUUCCAGCUACUCUACAAUACAAGCAGUUUUCUGCAAAAGUUUUAGAAAAUUCUCGACUAAAGUAUAAUUCAAAUGCAGACGAAACUAUGGUUGACCCUAUCCUUGGAGCGUUUUAUGACUGCGUCCUGAUCUAUGGACAUAUUCUGAAUAAGACACUUGUAGAAGGAGGCGAUCCACUAGAUGGAAGAACCUUGGCAAAAAAAUUAUGGAACAGCACAUUUUACGGAGGAAUGGCAGGGGAUAUUUUCAUUAAUGCAAACGGCGACAGAGAGGCAGACUACACAUUAAGCGACCUGGAUCCUGAGACUGGAAUCAUGAGGCCUGUUGCAACGUAUUAUGGAAUCCGAAGGCGUUAUGAAAAGAUUCCAGGUACAUAUAUCCAUUGGCCAGGUGGACUGGACGGUCCUCCGCCAGAUAUUCCUUAUUGCGGCUUUACCGGAGAUGCUCUUCAUUGUCUACCACAAAAAAGUUUUCCGGUUCUUGGAUCGGUUGGUAUUACAGUUUUUGGACUUUGUGUCUUUGGAUCUAUUGCUGGAGCAUUACUAUACAAGUGA